GGCAGCCGCUGGACCAUACGUCCACCAACCGGCGCUCCGGCCGAAGUUAGCCGAGCUCUCUCCUCGCAUCGCUAUUUUUAGGCACGAGCGUGGGCGCGAGACAGCAGCACCUCUGCCGCUCAAGCCCGAGAAAGUCCAUUUUAAGACAAGUCUAGAUUCGCGUUUCGACUCUCGACUUGUCAACGCACACAUACGCACACUCCCUGCGGACAAGAGGGCGAGGAGAGCAAAAAAACGAGUGAAGGAUUUUUCGUGCGGGUGCGGAGUGUGUGCUCGGGAAGAAUCUACGAGUGUCGGUGAGAUUUUUCAACGAGCAACGAAGAUGUAAAAGCUGAACACUCGCCAAUAGUGCGCCCAAGAUCAAAAGGACCCCCGGGGAUAAAGCGAACACGCUCGAAGGCAAGAGAGACAGACAGAGAGCAACGUUUCGAUGCACUCGACUGAACGCCAUGCUUAAAUUUUAUCACUUAGUCGUCCGGUGAUAAACGCAAAACGGAGUAAAUAUGCCAUUAGUGCUAUGAAUAUCUAGUUAAUUUCGUCGAACGUUCAAUAAUUUUCAAGCAUUUACCUUAGCAUUUAGAAUACUGUACAUUUCGACGCUCUAUUUACAUAGCAGCAGAAGAGAAAACAGUGAAUCAUGUGGAACCACGGCGUAGUCGUCGCAUCUUUAUUAUUCUUAGCGUUGCUCCUCUGCAACGAAAACCAUGUGUUGUCGUUCAACGUGGAAACGGUACACUAUGCCAAGUACGAGAACGUAGUGACGAAGGGCUCGAUGUUCGGGUACGCGGUAGCUGGCUACCGCGACUCGACGGGCCGCGGUCACGUUAUCGUCGGCGCUCCGAUGGCACCGUCGACCAACGCCCCGCCGAGUAGGACGAACCACAGCGAUAUCGGGAAAGGCGGAGCAGUGUUCUACUGCGAUAUAGCGCAGGACAACGCUUGCAGCUACGUGGUCUUCGAUUACAACAGGGGUCACAACUUCAUAAUGUCGAAACAGAUCCACGAUACCCAGCAGAUCGACAACAAGACUCUCCAGUGGCUCGGUGCGACGCUCUCGGCCUCCGAGACCGACGGUGGCCCGCUGUUGGCCUGUGCGCCCAGGUACCGCUGGUUCGGCUACAACAAGGCCAACCAGUCCGUCGGCGACCACAAGGAUGUACUCGGCUCCUGUUGGCUGGCCCACAAGCCGACCGAAGAAUUCAACAGCGCGAGCCGUACGGCGCAACCAAACCUCGAGUUCUCGCCCUGUCGCAACAGCGAGUUCUCCGGUCAUCAUCGGCAGGGCAUGUGUCAAGCGGGCAUAGGCGCCGCCAUCACCAAGGAUGGCAAUCGGCUGUUCAUCGGUGCACCGGGUAGUUGGUACUGGCAGGGACAGCUCUUCACUGCCCCGAGCAACGUCAAGCUGCCGUUCGUGCCGUCCAAGGAGAUAAUCAACGGCAAGGAAAGCAGCUCCUCUUACGAACGGCUCGGUCUCUUGUCGACGAAGGAAGGUCCGGCCUGGGAAGAUAACAACUAUCUCGGCUAUUCCGUCGCGGUCGGCGCUUUCCGUGGUGACGAAGAUAGCGGUGUAGCCGUCGGAGUACCUCGUGGUGCCGAUUUGCACGGCAAAGUCUUGCUCUUCACCUCUACGCUGUUCAACCAUCAGAACAUCACCGGCGAACAGAUGGGCGCUUACUUCGGCUAUGCACUGGCCGUCAAUGACAUCGACGGCGACGACAAGGACGAUCUCAUAGUCACCGCGCCGUUCUUCACUCAGCCCGAGUUAGCCGGUAUCAAGAUUGAAACCGGAAGGAUAUACGUUUUCUAUCAGGGAGGCGGUACCACGCCCUUCCAGAAGUUUGAUUUUAGAAACGGAGACAGCAACAGGGGACAGUUCGGUCUUUCGGUAUCGAGCCUGGGCGACAUCGAUCGCGACGGCUACGGAGACUUCGUCGUUGGCGAGCCCUACGGUGGCCCGGCCAACAGAGGCGCGGUUUACAUCUACCACGGUUCGAAGGACGGAGUCGAGGAGAAGUACUCUCAAGUCAUAUACUCGGAGAAUAUGGAUCCAGUCAUGCACACCUUCGGCUGGUCCGUCAGCGGUGGCCGCGACUUGGACGGCAACGGGUAUCCUGAUCUUAUAGUUGGCGCUUACGAAUCCGACGCGGCUGUUUUCUUCAGAUCUCGACCGGUCAUCGAGGUCUUUUCCGAAAUCAACUUCGACACGGAAUCCGUCGACUUGGACGCUAAAAUCUGCCUGUUCAACGAGAGCAUCGCCACGGUCUGUCCGCUCCUGAAGGUAUGUUGCUUUUACAGCGGUAACAGCGUGUCGCGCCAGUACACGUUCAAAAUCAGCAUCACGUUGGACGACAAGAAAAAGAUGGAUCCGCGUAUCCUCUUCCACGAUUCGACGAGCGUCAAGAAUAUCACCAUCACUUUGACGAAGGACGAGUUUUGGUGUAAUCAGUACAGCGUAUACGUGAUGAAAGAUUUGAAGGACAAGUUGACGCCGCUCGAUGCGGAGAUGCACAUCGAACUUCUGAACGACGAGAGAAACACUAAAGUACCUCCGACGCGUAUAGCUAACAAGGGACUCAGGGCAGUUUUGGGUCCGAAAAACAUAAAGAAGCGCGAUUCUCUGAGGAUACAGAAGAACUGCAAAGACGCCGACGUUUGUAUACCAGACUUGACGAUCCACGUGGUGAAGAGCGUCGAGAGGUAUCUCAUGGGCUCGACCGAGGAACUCGUGCUCCACGUGAGUAUAUACAACAGCGCGGAGGACGCUUUCGAGUCAAGAUUUUACAUGCCGCUGCCGCCAGGCGUGGAGUACAGCAAACUUGAGUUUCCCGCGGAGACCUCCGACAAGAACGUCGAUUGCAAACAGCCGGACGAAUCGAACAACAACACCCUUAUCUGCGAUUUGGGCAAUCCCUUAUCCAAAGGAAGAAUCGUCAAAUUCAGCGUAAGACUACGCCCGACGAUGUUCCACGGCAUGAAGCCGCAAUUCGAAUUGAACAUGAGCGUCAACUCAACGAAUCCCGAGCACAGCACCACCACGAACGACAAUUACUUCAACGUCGCGUUGCCCAUUUGGAUCGAAAACGACUUGUUGAUCGAGGGCCAAAGUAAACCACACGAAGUCGACUUGAACUCAGCCGAUUACGCUAACGUAGACAUAGAAAAAUUGAUGACCGAUCCCAGCUCUGGACCGGUCGUCACGCACAACUACACCAUCCGUAACAACGGACCUUCGCCCGUCUUGAAACUCAACACGACGCUCGUCUGGGUCGCCGAGACCAACGCCGGAGAGGUUCUGCUGCACCUCAUCGAACAGCCCGUGGUUUCGGAUAAAACGAAAUUCAUCUGUCCGACCGCCAACGCCAACUACGAGCUCAUCUACAAGGAGCCUCGUAAAACGCGAAAUGCCGGCGAGAGGGAGUUGGAGUAUCUCAACGAGGCUUUGUUCGACGAUCGUCAGCCGAUGAAUAUCAGGUACAGGCGACAGGUGAGCAACGAAUUGCCAUCCGAUAGCAAGAAGAGUCUGGUCGGCAGCGGACCAGUGAACGAGAAUCUCUGCGCUACUGCGCUGUGCGUCGAGUGGACCUGCGAAGUCGGACCUCUGGAAAGAGACGAGGAAGUCACGCUGUCGGCUAAAUUCCUCAUCAACAUGAAGACUCUGAAGAAAAUCACGACCAACGAGAAGCUAACAAUCUCCACGAAAUUGAUCGGUAACGUCACAGCGCAGCCGUACAUCGGCGAGCCGAUAAAAAAAGUCUUCAGCGAUUACGAGAUCAAGACUGUCAUUGAGCCUCUGAAGAAUCUCAACACCUCCGACAUGAUUCCUCUCUGGAUCGUGGUACUGUCGGCUUGCGCGGGAAUGACGAUUUUGUUGCUGCUUGCAUUUUUACUCUACAAGUGUGGAUUCUUCAAGAGGAACCGACCUUCCGCGGCGCCGGAAAGACAGCCGCUCAACAGAUAGGUAUCCGUAAUUGGUAAUUGAGUAAAAAAAGAGAUUUUUUACUUUUCUAAUUACUUCUACAAAGAGAACGAAAAAAAGAAACAAACGAAUUUCAAGAUAGUAUUGAUAAUCAAAACGAAUACGAACUUCUAAGUAUUUAUAGUUUCAAUCGCUGAUGUACACGCAGCAAUCAAGAGAAAACGUGAAGCUGAAGAAUCGAGAAGAAUAUUCGUCCAAACAGAAGUGCCUAAAAUUAAAAUUUUUAACCUACUCUUCACCGAUUGCAGCUGCAUGUUUUCUCUUGGAAUAUGUAGUCGUAGGGCUGUAUUUAUUUACGCAGCCGCGAGAACACAUGGCCUUACGUCCUCCGCCUUAUAUAUACAAAGUUUUACGGAGGAAAUCUUUAACGCGCACAGUUAACUAAAGAUAAGAGCUGCUAACUACUGCCAUCUUUUUAUCUGUGCGAGAUAGAAGUAUUAAUUCUUCAGGAGCACAUAGACGCGCAUUGUAUAGUAUAUUGUAUUCGAUAAUGGCGCCACUGUUAUUACAUCUACCUUGCUAAUCUCAUUCACGAGGAUUUAAACGAUCUUAUACUACUCUAACAAACAUAUCCGUUAUGUUGGCGUUUGAUUGCAGUAAUAAUAAAGCUAAUUAAUGAUAUUAAUGUGUAAAGCAUUAAUUUCUGAAUCUCUUACGUUGACUAAUGAAUCGAAAGUAAUAUUUAUAUAUACAUACUAUACAUACUAUACAUACUAUACAUACUAUAAAUACUCAGAAUUAAUGCGUUUUCUUCGAUUUUUAUUUAUACAAAAAAUUUAUAUUUUUCAUUCUGUUAAUAUUUAUAUGAUUAUUAUGCGUAGUUUAUCCGUAUAAAACUGCGUAUAGGGCGUUAAUUCUAGAAUGUUUUUAUUAAUAUUGACCAGAAAUAUUAAUAUUCCACAUUCGCCUCGAACUGUGUGGUAAUAACGCACAAGAGAAUAAUUUGUAACAUAUCUACGAUUUCAUACAAUGAAAUAGUUUUUAUUGCAAUUAUACAUAUACAAUUUAUACAUAUACGCAACCGAACCAAAAUUAAUUGUGCAAUCGCUAUAUGUAUGCCGUUUAAUGAGAUGAAAAAAUAUAAAGAUGUUGAUCUAUAUAUUGCAGAGUUAUAUAAAUUUACAAAUAUUCCGAUGUGUUUUGAACAAAAAAAGUCUAUACUCAUGUCGCCUAAGAUUUUAAGAUAUGAAUGUUUAAAAAAUUAGAAUAAGUUAUGCUAAGACUGAGUGUCGGUCCUAGCACGAAAGUUCAUUACGAAACAUCACACGAAAUGAUCGUCGAUCAGCCUUCAAACUAAGACUAAUUAAUCCAUAGUUUUUCUUAUAUUUUUUAUGUAAAAAUUCUAGUGUUAAUAAUAAAGAAUAAAGAAUCCUCAUUUAACCAAAA